UGCUAGCUUAGAAUUUAGCGCCCUCUGGAUUGGCUAUAUGUCUGACGGAAUUUUGUAAUUGCGUCCUUUUUAGCUGUAUUGGCUUUGGGUUAGUUUAUAGACUAGUUCCAAUAAUCCAAAUACAUCGUCAAAAUGAUUAUCUACAAGGAUUUAUUAACCGGCGAUGAAAUGUUCACCGAUUCUUCCAAGUGCAGGCUUGUCGACGAUUGUUUGUUCGAAGUCGAAUGUCGGCACAUCUCCAGAAAACAAGGAGAUAUUCAGUUAGAUGGAGCAAAUCCAUCUGCUGAAGAAGUUGAUGAGGGAACAGAUGAAUAUGUAGAAAGUGGAUUAGAUUUGGUGCUCAAUCAAAGACUUGUAGAAACUGGAUUCUCCAAAAAUGAUUAUAAAAAUUAUCUGAAAAGUUACACCAAAAUGCUUCAAGAUAAAUGGAAAGAAGUUGGUAAAACUGAUGAUGAAAUCAAUCAUGCUAAAGCCAAAAUUACAGAAGCGGUAAAAAAAAUUUUACCAAAAUUGAGUGAGGUCCAGUUCUUCUUAGGUGAAAGUUCCAAUCCUGAUGGUAUGGUAGCUAUCUUGGAGUAUCGGGAUGAUGGAAAUGGUGAGAAGCCCUUCAUGAUGUUUAUGAAACAUGGAUUGGAAGAAGAGAAAGUAUAAUAAUCAUCUGUUAUAGCAAGAAUCUAAGCUUUUUAAGACAUUGAGUUGGAACAGCUGGUUGGAUUCUUCCAAAAUUCAUGCAAUAUCAGGAAUAGGAACAUCUAGCCUCUAUUAAAUACAGCCUGUUGUGUCUCAACUAUAAUUUUGGAAAAUUGUUUGGAUUUUUGAAUUAACAGCUGAGCUGUAAUAAAAUUGGCUUUACAUGAUGUGUGGAUUUUUCUUAGUGAAAUCAGAUUGAAGACAACUAAAGAUAUGUGCAAUGCAAUAGAAAUGAAAUAAUAAUCUUCAAAAUACCAUUAUAUAAAGGUUGAAAUGAAUAACAGUACUCGUUUUCAAAGAUGUAUUUUGAAAAUUUAAAGUAAUUCUAUCUAAUUUAAAAUAAAGAUGCACACUUUUUCAAUCAAA